CCUGAGAUCCAUUGAAUCUUACACUAACUUCCCGCUUGCUUACAUUUCGUUCUGACCCCGACUUUUACUGCAUUGCUUUUCCUGGAAAAAUGCAGCCUUUUAUCGAUGGUAUCAUUCCAGCUCCCUGGGACCUGAAGGCCAUGCUGACCAUGCAGUCUAAUCCGAAAUUAAUGUUCGUCGCUGGACGAAUUGAUAGGCGGAAUGGCAGUGGUUCCUUCGCCGAUCAUAUCAUUAUGGAUAAUUCCGACGACAUGUCCUUCAUGGCCGGACCAUGCUCUUUUCUUUACCUAAGGCCUAUAUAUACGUGACAAACAGGUUUCAUCUUUCCCCACUCCGUCUUUCCAGCUACUAUGUAUUGGUAUCAGAUCUUCCAAGACGGUCCUGAAUACGAGGCGCGCAGGAAGAGGUCUACUACCUUCAGCCCCCCGAAUGUGACGCUUAAGGAUGUUCGCGAUGCGGUACCAAAACAUCUCUUCGAAGUUUCUACAUUCUGGGGACUGUUCUAUGUGUUCAAGCAUCUGGCCAUAACCUACGCCUUCCAUCUCUUUGCCACUAAAAUCGAUGGCAUUUCCCAAUUCCUCGUCGGCGACUCUGACGACAGUUUGAUGAGACCUCUUCAUAGUCUCAUAUCUGCUUUCCUUUGGCUCACAUUUUGGGCGUGGCAAGGCUUCGCUUUCGCAGGCAUUUGGUGUCUCGGUAAUUUCAUGCCGCGUUACCAUCAGGCUGGCCAUGAUGCCAUCUCCUCAUACCGCAUCGUCAAUUCCGUUGUCGGUAUAGUGCUCCAUACGUUUGUAUUGACACCGUACUACGCAUGGCGCGCAACACACCGUUCACACCAUAAAGGGACUAAUCAUAUGGACCGGGACGAGACUUACAUGCCUCCUACGCGCAAAGAUUUCGAACUUCCAGAUGGAAAGGUAGCCGUCCGAAUGGACUACGCCGAAGUAUUGGAAGAAACCCCGGCCUUUACACUCUUCAAAUUAUUUGUGCGCCAAUUCUUCGGCUUUCAAUUAUAUCUUUUACAUAAUCGGAAAGGAAAUGCGAAAUAUCCGGCGUGGACAAGUCAUUAUAAGCCUUCGUCCCUGUUAUUCAAACCCGAAGAACGCCGAUCGAUCAUCGUGUCAAACAUCGCCAUCGGUACCAUGCUGUCUAUUUUAACGUUGUUGACCUACACAUCUGGUUGGACAUCUGUCGCCAAAUUUUAUUUCAUGCCUUGGCUUUUCCAGCAUAACUGGUAUGUUAUCACCGAAAUUCGUCUUUUCGGUUUCCUGAUUAAUCGACUUACCAGGAUGGUCAUGUUCACAUAUCUGCAACAUAGCGAUCCCACGAUUCCUUAUUAUCGAGGCGAUCAAUGGACAUUUGCUCGCGGAGCCUUGGCAACGGUAGAUCGCCCCUUGUUCGGAUGGGUCGGCAGGGUUCUCCUUCACAAUAUCAGCACCGACCACUUAGCCCACCACUUUUUUGUCACUGUACCCUUCUAUAACCUUCCUGAGGUGACGGAAGCAAUCAAGCCUGUACUCGGCGAGUAUUACAACUACGACUCUACGGGUGUCCUAUUCGCUUUAUGGAGAUCAUUCACUCAGUGCAUAUUCGUUGAGGAUGAGGGUGAUAUUUUGUUCUUCAAAAAUCAAUACGGAGAAGCUGUUAGCGAGCCUGUAGUUGAGUUCUCGUAAUGUAAAUAUAAUACUACUUAAAAAUGCUACAGCUGACUGGCUGACGUGCAAUGGAAGCCUCUUUCUUAUCUAUUACGCUCUGCUGAAGUUGAAGUC